UAACCGGUUAAAAUACAAUUAAAAGGGCUUACAAUACUCCCAAAAAACACUUGUGUUACUGAGAACGGAGAAGGAGAGAGAGAUCGAGAGAUCAAAAACUGAAACCCAAAACAUCAGACACCAAUCAAGAUGAAGAAGAGCCAUACAGUCUCUUCCAAUAUCCCCAAACUCUUUCUCUCUCUCUUCUCACGAACCCUAAUCUUUUUCUUCAAGAAUAUUCAAUCCCUUCAAUCCAGGCUACAGAUUCGAAUCAAUCUUUGUGUGUGUAUGGCGAACGGUACGGAUUCGGAGGAGUUCGUGUUGCUAUCUUGGGUUCGGACAGGUCACAAGCGCGAGUUCGCCUUCGCAAUGAAGGCGCAAUCAGAGAUCUGCGGGUUCUUGGGUCGGACCUGGUCCAGGAAGACCCGGAAUGAGGCUGUGGCGACCAAUAGAAGCAAGAAAUUGAAGAAGUCGGAUCCGAAGGACGCCAAGAACGACGAAGUUAUGGAUCAGAAGGCGAAGGAUUUGGGCGAUUCGAUGAGUGAGGAGGAAGCGAAAAGCGAUGUGGUGGACCUAACAAGCGACGACGAGCCAAAGGGGCACGUUGGAGAAUCAGAAUUGGUCGUAGAAGGGGGUUCUAAGAAGGACAAGUCAAUGCCGGUUUUCGACGAGGAAUUGAAGGGUGGAGUGGUUGAAAUGGUUCAGAAUCCUGUGAAGGAAGAGGAAUUAGUGUGUGAAAGCAAGCCGAAUGUGAAUGAAGAGAUGAAGAUGGAGCCGGGAGUCGAGAAAACGAAUGAGGAUUUGGUUAACGAUGAGAAGAUUGAGGGGGUUAGCAUAAUGUGUUUUUUUUUUUUUUUUGGUUUCUCUCUUAAUCAAAUAUUGUUUCUGCCAGUAGUUUGCAUGGUUAAUUGAUGGGGGUAAUUCUCUUUUUUUGGGUGCUCUUUCUUUGUAUGUUUUUCCUUGGCGUAUAUAACCUUUGGCUUUCUAUU